AAUCGGUUUCAAUAAUGAUAAACCCGUGAGUCAGUUAGAGAUUAAAAUGCUUGGCUUUAUUUCUGCAUUUUUCUCGGCAAUAGUUCUUGUUGCUAACUUUUUGUUUCAAAGGGAAAUGAGAAAAAACCCCCGCAUUUUUUGUAUUCAUGGAAAAUUGGGUGAUGAAAUUUCUCUUGUGGAGAGAGAGAUUUUAAAAGAACUGGAAAGGGUGAGUAUCUUGUUUGAAACUGACCAAGAGAAAAAUCAUACCAUUCAACAACAUUUAACCAUAAUGAGUUUAGAAGUUGAGGAAGAUAAAAUAACCGCCCAUUUAAGCGAUAGUCGUAGUUGUGGCAUCCAUUGGGAGGAAUUAGAUGAGGACAUAAGCAUUAAAAUUUUUCUUAAUGGCUUAAAAGUAAAAGCCGGGCAAACUUUUAAAGAUUGUCUUACUACUCAUAAUGAUACCACUUCUUAUAAUAAUCUUCUUAAUUUUUCUUUCAAUAAUACUAAUGCAGGAAUAAUAAAUUUAGACUGUGAUUUUAUUGUUUCCCGGCCAACAUUUUCAACCACAACCACUGGUAGUUCAACUUCUACUCCCAACAAUUCUUCUAUUCCGACCGCCGAUCCUUCCGUUAAUUACUAUCCUAAUAACUCUGAUCUCCCCAAAAUACUCCCGCCAGUAAUAGGAGGUAGUCUGAUAAUUACUACUGCUGUUGGCUAUUGUUGUUAUAAAAAGAGAAAGAAGAAAAUUCUUCUUAUAGCAGGAAGUAGUGAGGAAAAAAUUCCGGAAACGACUAUUCAACAAUCCGAAAAAGUAACCCAAGAAGUUAUUAAUGAUGAAAACUUAAAUAAAAGAGAGGCACUAAUACGAUUGAUUAGACAAAUUAAAAAUAAAAUAGGAAUUGAUUUAGAAAUAACCUUGGAAACUUUAUUAGAUACGCAAUCAGAAAUUACCCAAGGAAAUAAUACUUUUGCUAUUAGACAACUGCAAAGAGAAGCCAAAGAAAAAUUAAGGAAAAAAAUAACUGCUGAGGAAAUAAACAAACUUUGCCAACUGCAGGCAGAAGUAACGCAAUUAGAGAUGGAAAACACUGACCAAAUUCAAGCCCAAAUUGAAAUAGCUCCUCAGCAACAAAUUCUUGCUAAUCCGCAGUAA